GUCUGGCAACACUGUGUGUGGCGGCGGCGGCGGUGUAGUGCCAUUGUGAGCGCUGCGUCACCGCCCGAUAUCUGUAAUAAUCAUGGACGGCCGUAGUCAUCCUGCCCACCACGGCUAUCAGCACACACCGACUCCCGUCAACAGAGGCGUCACCGGCACAACUCAACAACCGAAUUUCAGCGGACAAGAGCUCUUGGUACCACAAAAGACUCACUAACCUGAUCCUGGAUAUCAAGGUUAUACCGCUACACCACCAAUACCUCCACGAACUCACUCCAUCACCAAUCCACACCAAAAUCCUUCCCUGAGAGACGCCUUCCCUCCACCUUUCCUCACGACCUAAGGCGCUCUGAUUUUUCCCCUCCUUGGAAUGUGUUGUUGCCCACUCAAGCUCCCCUCGUUUUCAACGUAUUUCACCUCAAUUAUACUCCCUUCCUUAUACAUAUAAAGAUAUAGAGAACUUAAAUUAUGAAGAGAGUAAUACUACAUGAUAUAAAAUGGGUAAAUAAGCCUUACACUACUUAUAACAAUAAUAAGGAUAAUGUCCGAAUGGCAGGUAACCGGAACACGGGGACACUAAGAAAACGUGAUCCCAUUCAAGGUAAACUCGGCCAAUAACAUGACACCUGCCACCACCACUCCUCGCCUCUCUGCCUCCACCAUCUCUCGUCCCUCUCUGCUUACCUCUUCCUACCUCCUGCAUUCUGCCAAGAAGAGAAGGAGGAGGAGGCUUGAGUUUUCUUCAAGCGAUAGCAGUGAGGAUGAGGAAGACGUCGACGAUCCCACACCUUUGGCAACACCUCUACCUCCACCAACAAGGGGAGGGAGACAACGGCGUGGUGGGAGAGUGCGACGCACCAGAGGUCAGAGACGGGGGGGUGAUAGGGGUCACUUUACCGCGCCUCGACAAACACGCCGCGAUCCUUCGCCUCUCCACAGCUCUGAUGACUCACCAUCCUCACCAUCUUCACCACAACAACAUCAACCACAACAGGGUGUGGUUGAUGCUAUCUCGUGGAGGGAAUGCGAUGAGCACACACCUGCUGACUUUCCAUUUCAAGAUCAAUCAGCAGGUGUACAGCCUGAACUGGGAUGUACUGCCACUUCAAAUAUUCUUGAUUUUUUCCUGGCAUUUUUUGAUGUGACAGUCAUGACUCUCAUAGUCAACGAGACGAACCUGUACAGGCAACAUUUGCUCAACUGGGGACGGCCGGGCUCAGUGCGAGAGUAUGCACACAAGGCCCCCUGGACUGAUGUGACUGUCCCCGAAAUGUAUGUGUGGCUAGCAUACACAAUGCUAAUGGCACAUGUCAAAAAACAUGAUUUGAAGGACUACUGGAGCAGAAAUGUGAUUAUCCAAACUCCCAUCUUUGGGAAAUAUAUGUCGAGAGACAGGUACAGGUUCAUAUACAAGUAUUUGCACUUCACCACCUCCAUGGGCCCUGUACCUAAUGAUCGCCUCUACAAGUUUCGUCAUAUAAUGUCUCUGGUCCAGGAAAGAUUUACCAAGUUCUUCAAACCAUAUCAGAAACUGGUUAUCGACGAGUCGCUCGUCCUCUUCCGCGGGAGACUGAGUUUUAUCCAGUACAUCCCGUCUAAACGUCACCGUUUUGGCCUCAAAUUCUUUGUGCUUUGCGACUGUAAGACGGGAUACGUACUGGAUUUUAUAAUCUACACCGGUACAGAUGUGGAUAUUCGCUCUGGGGACCCACACGGAUUUUCAGGAGCAGUAGUGAAGACCCUGAUGGAUAAACACUUCAAACAAAACCACAUCUUGUACACGGACAACUAUUACACAUCACCAGCAUUGACUCAGUAUCUCCUGCAGGAAGAAACAGGCACCUGUGGUACCGUCAGGAAAUUUCGAAAGCACUGGCCAGCAUUCCCUGACACACAAGAGCGGGGAACAGUGAAAAAGAAGGAGGGUGGACCCAUGUUGGCCCUGCAGUGGGUCGAUAAGAGACCAGUCAACAUCCUGACAACGGUGCACACAGGUGACCUGCAGGACUCAGGUAAAGUCGAUCACCACACACAGGAGCCAGUGAAGAAACCUGACGCGGUGAUCGACUAUAACAUCAACAUGCGCCUCGUUGACAAGAGCGACAUGAUGGUAAGCGAUAUCGACUGCCUGAGAAAAACUCGCAAAUGGUACCGUAAGGGAUUCCUGCACAUUCUUGACCUUGUGGUUCUGAACUGCCACAUCCUUCACCAGCAGCUGACUCAGAACACCAGCCUCUCACUGCGUCUGCUCGAGAGGCAAAUUAUAAGUCAGCUGUUUGAGAAGUUUGGCACCAUUCUGCCUAGGAUAGGAGCGGUGAGGGACGUCAAUGACAGGAUGGCAGCAGCUGAGUACAUGGCUGCACACAAGCUGGUCCUGAACCCUCUCAGACCUUCAGGCAGGGCAGGAUUCAAUAAGUGUCAGGUAUGCAUGUACACAUCCCGCAGGGACAAGAAACGUACCGAGACAAAGUACAGGUGUGCUGCCUGUAAUGUCGCCUUGUGCCCUGUAAACUGCUUUGCUGAGUUCCAUUCUCUUGAGAACUACUAGCAGGAGAGUGUUGGGACACUGUAAAUAUUGUGACUAUAAAUACCUACAUGUAAACUAAUAAGUGAAAUAGACGCUAUAGUACUAAAUGAAAAAUAAGAAAAACAGUAAGAAAAACAGUACAGUGCGUGAAUGUCUGUAAAUAGUAUAAAUAACUAUAGUGUAAGUAAUGUGACAGAGACACAGUAGUAAUAAGUGUAAAAGAAAAAUAAAGAAAAA